GGCAGACGCACAAACACACGCGCACAGGCAGACACAGGCAGACGCACAAACACACGCGCACAGGCAGACACAGGCAGACGCACAAACACCCGCGCACGGACAGACAGACACACGCGCACCGGUGCAGCGCCCGCGUGAGCUCACGGGCGCGUGAACCCCCAACAGCAGCAGCAACAACAGCAGCAGCAACAACAGCAGCAACAACAGCAGCAGCAGCAGCAGCUCGGCCUCCUUCCACCACCACCACCACCACCACCUCCUCGCUCGCUCGCGAUGUCCUCCUCCUUCCCGCACCCGCUCUUCGCGACUCCCCGCGGAGCGAACGGCGACUUGGCGUGUCUGAGCGCGCUUAUCGCCGCACACAGCCAGCACCACCAGCACCACCAGCAGCACCACCAACAGCAGCUGCUGAUCGGCAACAACAGCGCAACAACGACUGCGGCCGCCGUCAAUCCCCUGCACCAUCACCACCACAACAACAACAACCACCACCACCACAGCAGCAGCAGCAGCCACGCCGCUUUGUUCCAGAGCCUGGGGAUGCAAAUGCCGCCCCAACCCCUGCCGCUGCCGCUGCCCCAACCCCUGCCGCUGCCCCAACCCCUGCCGCUGCCCCUGCCGCCCACUCCCGUGGCGACCGUGGCGCCUUCGUCGCUGCCCGGUCAUCAUCACCAUCACCACCACCAUCAGCACCAUCACCACCAUCACCCGGCGACUACGCCGGUGCAGCAGCAGCAUCAUCAUCAGCACGCCAAGCUGAGCGCCUGCGGGAUCUUCCCCGUGUCGCCGCUGGGCGCCCUGACGGGACUCGACCCGGCACCGUUUUCCCUGCCGGCGUUCCUCGCCGCCGGCCACCUGAGCUUGCAACAGCACGCGGCGUCGGCCCUCGUUCACCACCACCACCAGCAACAACAACAGCAGCAGCAACAACAACAACAACAGCAGUCGCCAGGAUCGGCCGCCGCUGCAGCUGCGGCUGUAGCGGCUACGGCAGCCGCAGCUCGCUCCACGCAGCAGCAUCAGCAGCAUCAUCAUCAGCAGCAGCAGCAGCAUCAGCUGAAGGAGGCUGACGACUGCUUAGUGGCCGCUGCAGAGGACGACCCGCGCGUGACCCUGGAGGGCAAGGAGCUGUGGGAUCAGUUCCACGGCAUCGGGACCGAGAUGGUGAUCACCAAAUCCGGCAGGCGAAUGUUCCCGGCUUUCAAGGUGCGCGUGUCGGGCCUGGACAAGAAGGCAAAGUACAUCCUGCUGCUGGACAUCGUGGCGGCCGACGAGUGCCGCUACAAGUUCCACAACUCCCGCUGGAUGGUGGCGGGCAAGGCUGACCCCGAGCUGCCGCGCCGACUCUACAUCCACCCGGACUCGCCGGCGACCGGCGACCAUUGGAUGGGCAAGGCGGUGACCUUCCACAAGCUGAAGCUCACCAACAAUCUGUCGGACAAACACGGAUACACGAUCCUCAACUCCAUGCACAAGUACCAGCCGCGGUUCCACGUGGUGCGUGCCAGCGAGCUACUCCGGCUGCCCUACUCCACGUUCCGCACCUACGUUUUCCCGGAGACGCAGUUCCUGGCCGUCACCGCCUACCAGAACGACAAGAUCACGCAGCUGAAGAUUGACCACAACCCCUUCGCCAAGGGCUUCCGCGACACGGGCAACGGACGUCGCGAGAAACGCAGACAGCUGGCCCUGCAGUGUCUCCGCGCCUUCGAGGAACAGGCACGGGGAGUAGCGCACCGAGGCCGCGGGGACUUUGACGAUGACGACGACGAAGACCACGACGAGGAGGAGGAGGAGGAGGAGCAGAAAGAGCGACCCAGCCCCAACACAAGCCCCGAGCACAACACUCCGGCAGGAGGCUCGGUUGGGAGCGGGGAGCGUUCCAGUGGCGGCAGUGGCGGCAGUGGUGGCGGCGCGGAUUCGGGGGGCUCGCCGGGGCCCCCCUCGAGCCCGGCAAAAGAGCGCCGCCCCCCUUCCUUCGUCAGCCGCCGCCACAGCCGCAACUCCAGUGCCUCCACUCCCCCCGAGACCUCGCCACUCAAGCAGCAGCAGCAGCAGUACCACUUCCCUCACCUUCACCACCUGGGCAGCGCCUUCGGCAAGCUGGGAGUGGCGGGGGGCCUGCCCCCCACGCACCCUCUCCUGCUGCACUCGGGGCCCCUGGGACCCUUCCUGGCCUCCGUGCCGGGGCUCGACGCUCGGACCCACGGGGGGGGUCCCUCUCCGGCCCUGCCGGGGGGGCCCUUCGGCCACCCUCUGCUCACGCCGCAGGGCCUAGCAGUUCCAGGCCUGAGCGGCCUCCUGCCGUACCCGUACCCUUACCUGCCGACGGCGUCGCUGCCCAGCCCGGCCUUCCUAAGCGCGGCGGCUCGGGGCAGCUGGCGGUACAACCCCUACUCCUUCCCGGGCCUUGGCGCUGGCUCCUUGCCCUCUCAGCUGCCCUCGAUCCUCCCGGCGGCGGCGGCCACGGCGGCCGCGGUGGCCGCGUCGGCGGCAGGAGCCAGGCGGGACGUUAAGCCGGAAAAGCUGGAGACUGCCUCGCACGGCGAGGCGGAAGCAGCAGCGGCGCCGGGAUCGGGGUCCCCGCCGGCGGACCGGUCGCCCAGCGAGCUGCGGCACAUGCAGCGCCUCGUGAGCGGCCUGGGCGACGGCCCGCCGUGACGGAGCAUCCGCUAGGCCGCCGUGAACUCGACGGGGGUGCCACUUCCCGCCCCCACAUCUACGGGGCCCUCCCCGCCGUUUUGCGGUCUCGUCCUCGGUUCGUCUACAGCCAUUCCGUUGUUUUUCAGGCGUGGUCGUAACUGCACGCCUGCCAUCUUUCGUCGACCGGUCGCCAUCUUGUGGAUCGAUGGCUCCCGACUGCAAACGUACGGCCGCCAUUUUGUGAAUCUAGGCCACCAUCUUGUGGGGUCGUCCGUCUGGCAUUUUUUUUUUUGGCACCAUCGUUAUGGUUUUCUGAGAUACAUAUAUACAGUAUACAUAUAUACAGUAUACAUAUAUACAGUAUACAUAUAUACAGUAUACAUAUAUAUGUAUAUAUAGAGAUUUUCCCGGGUGCCAUCUUGCGACUGCACUACCUCCCAGAGAGAGGGCCUGCCACGUUUCAGGAACCAAAGCACCACCGAGUUUGUCUGACGCCACAAGCGUGCACGCGACGAGCGAUCCCUGUUCAAUGUGCUCGAUAGAUGAUGCGUCGGAGGCUUCCGACGAUGCAUGCUGAGCUGCGUUUUGGAAAGCCGGGAGAAACGGGAGAGAUUGAGAGCUCUACGCUGUCACCGUUGAUAGACAGUCACUGCCAAACCUAAAACAAACAAACAAACAAACAAAAAACGACUUGAAUUAAAAUCAUAAGCCUUUGCGAUGAUCCAUCAGGGUGUUGAAAGCUUGCGUCAGCGGGGUGCAUGAAACAUCGGACCGGCUCGCACAAAUGACGAUGGGUUUGCUACACCCGUCCAUGAACGCAAAAGGGUUCAAACUCCAAGCUCCGUGAAUAGAAUCUUCGUGAAAAUGAACGGCGGUCACUUCUUUUUGGAUAUAUCGGCGCCCAACUUAACGGAGCUCCGCCAAGCCAACGGACGGCCUCCCUUAUAAGGUGUCUCCGAAAAAUAACGUUUGCUGGUUAUUAUUGCAGGAGGCGAGGACGAGGAACUAUAGCCACUGAAUAAAGCCGCCUCUCUGUGGCGUAGGAACGGACAGGGCAACGCACCUAUUAUUCCGCGUUACCGAUCGCCGAGCAAAGCUCGCUCCGGCUGCGGCGGGCAGCCCCUUUGAAGCGAGCGGUGGAAAUUCUACGUUACCAUGGCGGGUUGCCCGGGUAUAUAGCCAAUCGACGGAGGGAGGCUCUGUCGACUGGGAGUGAACUGACGGGAUGGGGCGGGGAAGAAAAUAAGGCGACCUGCACAAGCUAUUGUUUCAGAGAGAAAAACUAAAUAUAUAUUAAAAAAGGUGUACAGACUUUGCACAUGAGCCUGCUUUGCCAAAGGACUUUGGUUUGAUUUUGUUCUAUUAUUAUUUUUUUUGUUGUUGCCUAUUUCCAUUGCGACGUCUCUCGCGCGGAGUGGACUGCAUGCGUUUCGUUUUUUUCGUGUCGUUUUUUUUUUGCUGUUUCCACCCCGCGUGAAACUGCGCCGAUGUACCGGGGAGUCUCGCCGCGCGGCACAUCCCACGACGCCUCGGAAGUCGGGGUUGGUGGAUCGCGAGCGACGGUGACGAUCACGCGCGGGUUGUUUUCCCCCUGUGCUCCAGUUUUUUCUUUUCUUUCCCCACAGAGUAGAAAUGUUCGCCGACUCACAAUCGGGAGGUUCCAUUCCCACCGGGGGAAGCCCACUUGGGCCGAGAAGCCCUUUUCGGUCACGGGCGAUUCAGCCGGCAGACUACGUCAAAGCAAUUUCACGAUUACAACAACAACGAAAACAUCUUAAUAUAUAGAGGGCCGCAGAACUAGGGUGGGGGAGGGGGCUAUUUGGCGCUAGCCACGCUGAGAGGCUGGCUGCUGCUGCUGCUGCUUCCUUCCCCCUCGUCUGUGGCGCCUCUGAGCCGUCCCCUCCUCUCUCUCUCUU